UCGGUACAGUGCUGCAAAAUGCGUUUUGAUUCAAUAUGGAAAAGAAAAGAUUAUUGGAAAAAUAUCAAAUACCCGUUGGGCAUCUGGACUUUGAUUACGUGAAGAAAUGUGAAAAUCCACGCGAAAUGGAGAAAAUAGUGAUGAUUUUGCGUUCCGGCGAGGAAGGAUUUUAUCCGGAUUUGACGCGCUGUGCCGAGGAGAAAUUAAAAGAGCUAAAACCCAACAGCAAAAUGUUUCGCUACGAGGAGCAAAUACGAACAAGCGAUACGCUGGAUGUGCAAGAACUAAAACCCAUAUAUGACUGGACAGAACACAUUAAGUACAAGGAUCACGCGCUAAGUGUGUUAAAGGAGGAUUCAACCCAUCUGCCGCCUAUUCGAAAGCCAUCCAAAAUAGAGAUAGACAAACAAGAGGAUAAAGAUACAAAAACACAAAAAGCUGAAUCUGCUGCCAAAACAAACAUCAGCGCGAAGAAGCAGACAAAUCGAAUCAAGUCCACAGAUUACAACAAAUGGGACAAAUACGAUCCAGAUGAGGAGAUACUGCGCAUGGAUCUCGAGGAGGAGCGCACCAAAGAGCAGGUCCAAGUGAGGGCCAACCAACUUGAGACUGCAGCAGUAGCAAAAUCAAAAGCCGGCCACAUCGACAAACAAGCCGUCGCUGAGCAGCGUCUGGCCGAGCAGCUCAAGAAAUUAAGUCAAUUGGAGCGGGAGCAAUAUGCCGAGAGGUUUCGUCUGCGUGGCAAUGAGUACUUUAAAGUUAAGGAUUAUGAUCAAGCCGUAAGUGAAUAUACCCUCGCUAUAGAGUACGAUCCGGAGCAGGCAGCACGCGCCUACAACAAUCGAGCCAUAUCACAGUUGAAGCAACAUAAAUAUGUGGCAGCUAUGGAGGAUUGUGAGGCUUGUCUGCGCCUUGAGCCGGAUAAUGUGAAGGCAAUUUUACGCCUGGCGGAUGCCAACUAUGGCUACGGAAGACGUCGGGAGUCUUAUGGAUUAUAUGAACGUGUCCUGAAUCUGGAGUCGAACAAUGCAAGCGCUCAAAAGAUGCUGAAGCAGCUGCGUCAAGAGCUGGGAGAGCUGGCGCCGUCGAAUGCCACACGCCUGAUCAUUGAGGAGGUGGAGCAGAAGGACCAGAAGGAACAGAAGAGCCAGAAAGAGAAGAAGGAUCAAAAAGAGCAAUUAAAGCCAAAAGCAAAGCCACAGCCAAAGGUCGUGCAGACCAAGAAAGAAUAUGAUUUGGCCGAGUUGGUCAAGCCGAAUCGUGUGGUUAAGAGUAAAAUAGCUAGCGCCGCUGAGGCUCUCGGCAAGUUGAAGGGCAGCAAUCACAAUCCCAAUUCAAAUUCGGAUAUCGGUCAGAAGCAGCAACAGAUGCCGCUGCCACUGAUGAUGAUGCAGCAGGGAAUGCCCACAUCACAGCCAGAGUUGCGCCUCAACAACAACUCUGGCAGCAGCAAAAACAAACUUCUGAUCCAGGAAUUAUAAGAUGUACGAAAAAAGGCCUAAAUAAAUACAGCUGUCAUAUUUAAUAUA